AAGGAACAUAUGCUAUAACUUUUUUAACAAAUGGGCGGGGCUACAGCAUAAGAACAUGCAAAGAACUGUGAAAGUUCCCAUUUUAAAAUAAACCAAGAACAAGAAGAGUUCAAAAACCAGCCGACUCACUUUAAAGGUACAAUCCACUGACAGCUGGAAAAAGAUGAAGCAGUUGUGUCUUUUUAUCUUGUCCUUCUUAGGACUCUUGUCUGUAGCUCUCUGUAGACAUCGUGAGUAUAUUCUGAUCAAAAAGUUAAAGACAUGGACAGACGCACAAACUUACUGCAAAAUCAAUUACAUGGACCUGGCCACCAUUCAAACUGCUGAAGAUCUGACAUAUCUACAAAAGAAAGCAGAUGAAAGCGUGUUCAAUUCAACCGCCUGGAUUGGACUGUACAAUGAUAUCAACAGCUGGAGAUGGUCUUAUCAGGACGAGAGCCUCAAUUUCACAAAAUGGUAUCCUGGAGAUCCUGAUAACGCUGGUACAGGAGAGGAGUGUGCUGUAUUAAGAUCUGAAGGAUAUUGGUUUGAUAGAUACUGUACUUACACAAGAGAAUUUCUGUGUUUUGAUGUACAGAACAGCACGGUGAAAUAUUACUUAAUCACUCCAGCAAAGACAUGGAAGGAAGCUCAACAAUACUGCAGAGAUCGAUUUACAGACCUGGUCACCAUUAGAAAUCAAACAGAAAUGGAGCUGUUAAUAAAUCUGAUGCAUUUGUCGGGAGGAUAUUGGAUUGGAUUAUUCAGGGAUUCAUGGAAGUGGUCGGAUCGGUCCAAUCUUUCUUUAUCAAACCAACUGGCUGCUGAUUCUCUGAAUGGAGAACAUGAAAACUGUGCUACUACAAAUUAUUAUGGAAACUUUGAAGAUUGGCUUUGCUCUACAACUUUUUACUUCUAUUGCAAUACUGUGAAUAUAAAAAGGCAGUUUGUGAGGGUGCAGGUGAACUCCAGUAUGGACAAUAUGAGUGAUGUUGAACUGCAGAGACUUGUGUUACAGAAGUUACAGCAGAUUCUCUCUGGACUGAUGGUAGAUGGUGAGGUUACACUGACGUGGAGGAAGCAACUGAAUGGAAAAGUCUUUCAGAAGAGAAGGGGUUCACUAUAAAGUGUAUUCUCUUAAGUUAAUUUUGUUUUUGAAAACACACUUCUGAAGAAUUUAAUCUGAAUAUUAAUUCAUUUCAUUGUAUGUAAAUUUCAGAGACAAACUCAUUAAAAAUAAUCCCAAUAUUUAUUUUGAAAAUGAACACCUACAUGUAAUCUGAAGAAAACUUAGACGUAUUGUCCACUUUUUUAAGUUAAAGGUUUCUCCUAUCAAUGUUUGAUGUACAAAAGUCUGCAAAUAUUGUGAUGGGUCGAAAUUAAACUUUUUUCUGUCUCAGGACAAAGCAAUUUUUUACGGGGGCACAGUGUGUACAUCUUACAAAAAUUUGUGCAUACACAGACAUUGGAAGAGAUAUUAUAGUGUCUUUUUCAUGGCACUCCCAAUUUUUACACAGAGAUUACGGAAAAUAUACAAAACAAUGCGUCCGGAAUUUGUCCGGGAUUGA